UUUUGUCAAAAUGAGUAAUUUAACAUUUUUUGGGUAUUGAUUUUGUUUUCUUUAUGUGCUUAUUUCUUAAUAAUUUUUCUCAUUGACCAAGAAGUUUUUGGACAUGUUAUUUUACUUUACAUUAUUCCUAUUUCUUUCAUUAGAUGUUGAGAUUGUGGAAAUUUCCUAUGCAGCGUCUUUCAGAUAUUUUGAAGGUAAAUGGAUGUAUUCAGGAACUCCAACUAAACAGUUCAGGUAUUGGAGAUGAGGGUGCAAGGGUUAUUGCAGAUAUGCUGAAAGAAAAUCAAACUUUACGUGUACUGGAACUUAACAAUAAUAUGAUUGAAUAUUCUGGUUUUGCAAGUCUUGCUGGAGCACUAGUUGAGAAUAAGGCAAUUCGAUCUAUACAUCUCAAGCUAAUAAGACUUACACACACUUAGAUUUUUUAUCCAUGCAGUUCUUUCUUGCAGAUUUAAUUUCUUCAUCAGAUCUGUUGGCUUUCCAGUAUUUAUUGAUUGUACUACUUCUCAGCAAUUA